AUGGGGAGAAAGAAAAUACAGAUCACGAGAAUAAUGGAUGAACGGAACAGACAGGUCACCUUUACAAAGAGGAAGUUUGGAUUAAUGAAGAAGGCAUAUGAGUUGAGUGUACUCUGUGACUGUGAAAUAGCACUCAUCAUUUUUAACAGCUCUAACAAACUCUUUCAGUAUGCCAGCACUGAUAUGGACAAAGUUCUACUUAAAUAUACAGAAUACAACGAGCCCCAUGAAAGCAGAACCAACUCAGAUAUCGUUGAGACCUUAAGAAAGAAAGGCCUUAAUGGUUGUGAGAGCCCUGAUGCUGACGAUUACGCUCUGAACAAGAAGGAACACAGAGGGUGCGACAGCCCGGACCCUGACACUUCAUAUGUGCUCACGCCACAUACAGAAGAAAAAUAUAAAAAAAUAAAUGAAGAGUUUGAUAAUAUGAUGCGGAAUCAUAAAAUCCCUGGCUUGCCUGCCCAGAACUUCUCGAUGUCGGUUACAGUUCCAGUGUCCAAUCCCAACACUUUAACCUACAGUAACCCAGGGAGUUCCCUUGUAUCCCCAUCACUGGCAGCCAGUUCAUCGUUAACGGACACGACCAUGCUCUCGCCACCUCAGACCUCCCUGCAUCGGAACGUAUCACCUGGGGCCCCUCAGAGACCACCGAGUACUGGUAACGCAGGUGGAAUGCUGGGGACAACUGACCUCGCAGUGCCAAAUGGAGCUGGUACCAGUCCAGUUGGAAAUGGGUUUGUGAAUUCUCGAGCUUCACCAAGUCUGCUCGGAACUACUGGUGGUGGGAACGGCUUAGGCAAAGUCAUGCCUACCAAGUCUCCACCUCCGCCUGGAGGAGGUAAUCUUGGAAUGAACAAUCGCAAACCCGACCUCCGUGUUGUCAUCCCACCCUCCAGCAAGGGUAUGAUGCCCCCAUUGAAUACCCAAAGGAUAAGCAGUUCUCAGUCUACACAGCCUCUUGCUACCCCUGUGGUGUCUGUGACAACUCCGAGCUUGCCUCCGCAGGGACUGGUGUAUUCGGCCAUGCCUACUGCCUACAACACCGAUUACUCCUUGACUAGCGCAGACCUGUCUGCCUUGCAGGGGUUUAACUCCCCGGGAAUGCUGUCCCUGGGGCAGGUGUCUGCCUGGCAGCAGCACCACCUCGGCCCCGCGGCCCUCAGCUCUCUCGUUACUGGCAGCCAGCUAUCUCAGGGUUCAAAUUUAUCCAUUAAUACCAACCAAAACAUCAACAUAAAAUCUGAACCAAUUUCACCUCCCCGGGACCGUGUAACUCCCUCGGGGUUCCCGCAGCAUUCGCGGCAGGAAAUGGGCCGCUCUCCUGUGGACAGCCUGAGCAGCUCCAGCAGCUCCUACGACGGCAGCGACCGGGAAGACCCGAGAAGCGAUUUCCACUCGCCCAUCGUGCUGGGCAGGCCACCCAAUUCCGAAGACAGGGAGAGUCCGUCGGUAAAACGAAUGAGGAUGGACACGUGGGUGACAUAAACCUGCAGCGCUGCCUCUUCAGUUUUGUGUUCUCAAAGCGAACUGUCCUGACAUAUCUAAAUUUAUAAAUAAGGACACGAAAUAAGUAUAUUUAUAUGUAUAUACAUACAUGCAUAUAUAUAUCGUCACCUGCGUAUAUAUGUGCUCGUGUGUGUAGCAUACACAAAAUCAUCAGGCACUUACGACAAACUCCUUGUGUAGCUGCAGCUGUCCCAUGGCAAACCGUAACAGAACAAUCCCGUAGGUAUUGAGCUAGUCUGGCGCUUACCCGGACUUGGUGUUUUCCUAACGUAACCCGUUUGGCAGAGAACCGUUGUACCCGCGUUGUAAUCCCACCACACUAGACCGCAGAAACCGAGAGGGCUCGCCUGUAGUAACGUCCCUGUGUGUUUUAUUCAAGCUGUAUGGUUACUCGUAGUUAAGAAAUAAUGCUUUGUAGCAGCAGAGCAGUAGAAAAGCAGGAAGAAGAAAGCAAUACUGUACAUAAAAUGACCUUUAUAUUACCCAACCUGGCAUGGGUCUCUAUUGCAGAGGGUGCAUGGAGAAGGGCUGAUGCUAUAAGAAAUAAAAAAAACAAAAACAAAAACCCUGUUUUGCACGUGCAAAAAAAAUAGUGUAUUGGGUCAAAGAGGUGAUUUUUUUUUUUUAAUGAGUGAAAGAGAGACAUAGAGAACUCGCAUGAAAUAUUCAGAAAAUAUUAGCCUAGAAAAUAGAACAUUAACAAAAAUAAAAUUAAUAUAUUAAGUUAUAAUUGGAAUAUGUUUGACAAAUUUGUUUUUACGUUCAUACCUUUGAAAAAUAUAGAAACGGAUUUUAGCUCAUGUAUAUUUUAUAUUAAAGAAAACAAUACCCUAAUGAAUUGAAGACUAUAUAUAAAGUUAUAUACAGUACUUUUGAACACAUUCUGCUAUGAAUUAUUUAUAUAAGCCAAAGCUGUAUGUUGUAGCUUUUUUGUAGAGUAUAGUUUUAUCUUUUUUUGACUUUCUAGUUUUUGCUUUCAAAGAUGAAAAGGAAAAACUUGCAGGCGGAACCUUGGGGGAAAAAUAAGCCAUGAACACUUAUAUGUAAAUUUAAAUUUGAGCCAAACUCUUUGUGUAAAUAGCAUCCUAAAUAUAUUAUCACCUUUGGUGUAAGUACCUAUGUAUUGUACGUUCACCAGAUUAAAAAGUAUAUUUUUGUGGAUUGACGCCAACUUGAAAAAAGGCGAGGUCCUUAUUAAGUAGAGUAUUCACUGUUUAAUAUUUACUAUUUUGUUAAAUAUACUGUACUUUCUUUGGAUUUUAAUUAUUAUUAAUAUUAUUAUCCAGAUUUUUCAGAGGGUGUAUAAAGGGGUUGUCCCCCUCACUGGUGGUGAAUGUGUGCCGUUAAAUUGUAAUCUCUGUGCUGUAUGGUUAAGCUUCAUUAUACAUUUUAUAUAUAUGUAUAUAAAUAGCAAAAGGGCAAAAAAAAAAAUCCGGUGUUAAGUUCAUCCUGCAUAAAUAUAAAAAAAAUCUGUUACAACACAUUUUAAGGCAUCAUUUUAAAGCUGC